AUGAUUUAUAUUGGGCGCCAUAAUUUUGAAGACCAGCAAGCCAUUACACAAUUCUUUGAGGCAACAAUAAAAACAAUUAAUGGUGGAUACUGUGAUGAGCCUCUUACUGGAUUGUUUUUGUGGUAUAAUGACUACUUCAUCCAUGUUCUUGAGGGAUCAGAAGAAACACUCAACAGACAUCUGAAGUUUUUGCUGAAACAGAUAGAGGCCAGUGUAAUUGCAAUCAGUGCUAUGAAGAUUCUUCUCAUGUAUCAUCAUAUUAAACAGCGAUUCUUUCAACAAUGGAUUGCAAGACCAGUGAAUGCUCAUUUUUUACCUGAGUGUAUUUCACCGGAUUGUGAUAGAGACAAAACAGCUCAAUUACUACAGACAUGUGUUGGGAAACUUUAUCAGCUUGCCGAAUUACUCCAAAAGCAGAAUGUGAGCUUGAGUUACCUGCAGCCACAGAUUUUGUCCCAUAUAAUGUACUCUACACUACACCUGAAGCACAGGAUUAAGAACCAUUUCGGGAGAGUCUUUCACUUAGCUGUAGAUUGUAGACACUGACAGCAGAGACAUUUGUGGUGCUUAAUAAGAAGAGAGCUAGAAGAUCUAAAAAUCAUCAGUAAAUGGUUGGUGUGGUAAUCCAGU